CAAUGCCUUCCACGUGUUCAAUCUUAUCCACAUCUCUCCCUUUAUCCCAUGCAUUCCCCCACUAUAAAUCACGCAUCAACACUAUGUACUUUUCGUCCCCCAAAAACCCCUUCCACAUACUGAAAUUACCCAAAUCCCCAAACGUACAACCAAUACAAGAACACUCGCAAAUUAAACUAUGUAUUAUGCUGCAUCAAAUAGAUUCCAUUACCUCUAAAUUUUGAUCCCAAAAAGCUUUCACCCUUAAUUCUGAUCUCUGCACUUCACAGAAACGAAAUCCUAUGGCCACCAUUUUCACGGGUUCCUUGUCUACUCCAAUCCGGGCUUCAUCGGGGUCGGAGUCGAGAAAGCCAGACCCCGCCCGUAAAAGACCUGCUUCCUCGUCCUCUUCCUCUGCCAACUGGUGGGCCCCGCUCUUCGGCUGGUCAUCCGAUCCCGAUUACAUAAACAACACGAACGAGGGGAAAAACCCUGAGAAUCCGGAUCUGGAUUCGGGUCGGGUCAGAUCAAGGUUCUCGCCUGGGUGCUUCACGGAAGAGAAGGCGAAGCAGCUGCGGAGGAAGACCAUGGAGGGUGCGAGUUUCCAUGACGUAAUGUACCACUCGGCGAUCGCUUCUCGUCUGGCGUCGGAUCGGUCCGAGAAGUAAUUGAGUAGCGGGUCGUCGGGUGCGGGUUAAGGUCUGCGUUUUUUAUUGCAUUUGCCUUGGCUUGAUAAUUUGUCGAAUUGAAAUUAGUGAGUUGUUUUGUUUUUAUCUUUAUUUUGGAAGGUUUUAACUAUUAAGUUUUAGUGGGUGAGUUUGAGAACUCAUAAUUUGAGUUUCUAAUGAAUAUGGAUCGUUGGAUCUUUUUAUGGGUUGCUUAUCAUCGUUGAUCAUAUCCUUUAUUUCUUAAUAUUAUAAUUACACAAAUUACCUCAA